AUGGCGGACGAGAACAAGACGGGCAAGACGGAAUGCCCGAAAACCCCGGUGUUGGAGGUGCCACAGGGAGACCGCACGUCGGGGAGGACGGCGUCUCCUGCCCGGCUAGCACCGGAGCUCGCGUUGAAGGCUCGGACUCAGAUGGGCCGGAUUACGCUACUCAAGGAGCUCAUUGACUCCCUGCCGGUUGUCCCAGCGGAGACCUCGCUCGAGGAGGUCUCUCAGUUUCAGCAGCAGGUCGAGGAAACGCACAAGGCCUUCAUCAAGGAACACGCCUACCUUCAGGUCUCCUGGCCGGCCGCGUUCAUCAACGAUGAGUAUUUCUCAGGGAAUGCUCACCUCGACGAGUCGCGGUGCUACCUGCAGGCGCGACGGAUCAUAGGCGUGCUCCGCCACGCACUGACAGCUCAGUCCGCUCAACCGGAGACCAGCUCAUCGUCCGGCGAGACCAGACAGACGCACUCACGCUUGCCGGACAUCUCACUCCCCAAGUUUACUGGGGAGUAUGCCGCGUGGCCUGCGUUCAGAGAUCUCUUCGCCAGCCUGAUCAUGAACAACGAGCAGCUCACGAACGUCGAGCGACUUCACUACCUCCGUUCGUCGGUGGAAGGCGCGCCAGCUCAGCUGAUCGCAGGUUUUCUCAUGUCUGGAGACUCGCUCAUGCCGUCCUGGGAGUUACUCAAGGAGCGGUAUGAGAACAAACGCCUGCUCAUACAAGCCUGCCUUGACAAAUUAUUCGUCAGCUCGACCCCGGUGCCAAGGAAGGCGGCGUCCCUGGAUCGGCUGGUUUCGGGAGUCACGGAGGCGCUCAAGGGACUGGAGGCCCUCGAAGUUACGGACAAGCUCGGGGAUUGCGCGGUCGUCUAUCACGUCACGCGACUCUUGGAUCGCGUGACACACGAGCAGUGGGAGAGCUCUAUUGGCGCUACGCGUGACUACCCCACGUUCGAGAAGCUCAAGGAGUUUCUAACGACGAAAAUACGGGCUCUCGAGCGAAUAGAAUCAUCGACAGCUCAUUCUGGUCCCCGCGGAGCAUCCUCACCACCGAAGAAGACGACAGCUCACCAGGCUACUCAUCAGUCUGCUCAUCAGGUCGACACAUCAUACCCGUGCGACUGCUGCGGAGCGCAGCAUUUUAUAGUGAUGUGUAGCAAAUUCCGGGCGCUACCACCAUCCGAGCGGCACACGGUGGCGAUACAGAAGCGGUUGUGCUUCAAUUGCCUGGGGCGUCAUGGUGUGCGCGCAU